AUGUCUCGAGUUUCUUCGACCCAGCGAGACGCCCUAGUUAGCCAGUUUCAGGGUAUCACUGAUGCUAGCAAGGAACAAGCACUCUCUGCGCUCAAGAAGCACAACUAUAGACUAGACGCCGCUGUCGACGCUUACUACCAGGCUCUAACGGAUGCUCCUCCAGCCCAGGUAUCCACUCAGAAACUAGGGGCAUUGUUUGAUAAAUACAAGGAUCCCGACUCUGCUAAUAUCGGUAUAAACGGGACAAUUCAAUGGUGUGAAGAUCUGGGUGUCGAUCCAGAAGACGUUUCGUUGCUCGCGGUCGCGUGCGAACUCAAGAGCCCAACAGUCGGAGAAUGGACAAAAAACGGGUUCAUAGACGACGAUCCCGAGAAACGAAACGGUCCUAUUCUACUUGGAGGCACGGAGAUGACUUGCACUCCCCCCCCCCAUUUCGAGGCCAAGACGAAGAUCCCGCCUCGUAUUUUUCUCCAGAGAAAUCCCGUCGGAUAUGUGUGCGACACGAUCGAUCAAAUGAAAACCACGAUCGCCACGCUACGAACCAAACUUGGCAACGAUCCGGAUUAUUUCUCGAGGGUAUACACUUAUACCUUUACUUUUGCCAAGGCCGAGGGCGCGAGGAGUAUAUCAAUCGAGAGUGCGAUUGCGUUUUGGAACUUGUUGUUGAGCGUUGGUCUUUCUGGUUCGGCGCUACCCAAGAACGGGUGGACGGACGAACAUACAGAGUGGUGGUUUGAGUUUUUGAAAGAACGAGGUGGGAAGGGUGUUAGCAAGGAUACUUGGGCGAUGCUACCCGAGUUUAUCAAAGUGAUCGACGGCAAGUUUGAGAACCACGAUCUAGAAGCUGCAUGGCCCUCGACGAUUGAUGAUUUCGUAGAAUGGGCAAAGGAGAAGACUCAGGCUGGACAGAGUUAG